AUGGCUCACAGCGAUGAGAGAAUAUGGUCCUGGAAUAGCCAAGUUCCGCCUGCCGUCUACAAAUGCAUGCACACCAUUAUAGAGGAGCAGGUGGCUAUACAGCCUAAUAAACAAGCCGUGUUUGCGUGGGAUGGGAGCUUUACCUAUGCUGAGCUGGAUACCCUAGCCACACAGCUGGCAUGCCAUCUGGCUAGCCUGGGUGUUGGUUCGGGGACUAUGGUUCCCUUGUGCUUCGAGAAGUCCCGGUGGACGAUAGUAGCUAUGCUUGCAGUUCUCAAGGCCGGAGGAGCGUUUGUGCCCCUGGAUCCAUCCCAGGCCGUGGAUCGCCAGAAGGCGGUUCUAUCACAGUUGGGGAGUCUUGUUGCAGUAACAUCUCUGCAGCAUUCCGGGUUUCUCACUCAACAUGGGUACACCGUUGUACCAAUCGGAUCGGGGAGCAUAGAAAAUCUUCCCAAGUCUACAACAUCGACUUUAUCAGUACAUUCCGACCCAUCAUCGCCAGCAUAUGUACUUUUUACCUCAGGUAGUACUGGGCAGCCCAAAGGCGUGAUUUUGGAUCAUUCUGCUGCUAGUUCCAGCUGUAUGUAUAAUGGCUCGCAUAUCCGAUUUAAUUCUGAAUCUCGCGUACUUCAGUUUUCGGCUUAUACAUUUGACGUGAGCGUCCUAGAGAUCUUUAUUGCGCUGUUCUACGGUGGGUGUAUAUGCGUCCCAUCUGACGCCGAUCGCCUGGAUAGGCUGGAGAGGACAAUUGAUGCUAUGAAAGCCGAUAUCGCGAUACUGACCCCUACUGUCAGCCAACUGCUCAAUCCAAAGCAGGUCCAGUCGCUAAAGACUCUUAUCUUGGCUGGCGAAAAGGCUACAGACGAGGAUUUUGCCCGCUGGCAGCCUAGUGUAAGGGGAAUCAAUGGAUAUGGACCGACGGAAGUCACAAUGUGCUCAUUGAAUGUCUUCGGUAACGUUUGGGCUGACGGCAGCUGUAUCGGUAAGCCAGUAGGAGCAGUAUUCUGGGUUGUCGAACUAGAAGAUCACAACCAGCUGGCGCCGAUAGGAGAAAUUGGUGAGCUUCUGGUUGAGGGCCCUGUUCUCUGCCGAGGAUAUUUACGUGAUCCGGAGAAGACGGCAGCAGCCUUCAUCGAAAAUCCUCCAUGGCUCGUCCAAGGUGGGCCCGGCCACAAGGGCCGGCAAGGUCGGCUCUAUAAGACAGGCGAUCUGGUUCGGUACAAUAAGGAAGAUGGCAGUCUGGUCUUUAUAGGCCGGAAGGAUACGCAAGUCAAGAUCCAUGGACGGCGAGUGGAGCUUGGCGAGAUCGAACAUCAUGUGCGGAGUUGCAUUCCGGGAGCACGACAUGUGGUUGCCGAGAUGAUCCUGCCCGGCGGGGGGGGCCCAAGCCCCAUCAUCGCAACUUUCGUGGCCCUGGAUGGCCACGAUGGGCCAGUCCAUACGCAGGCGGAAGAGGUCCGUGUCAUGCCACUACCGGCAGGGGUUGAGGAGAUGCUGCUGGAGCGGCUCCCAGCGUAUAUGCAGCCGGCGGUUUACUUUGCCCUUCAGAGCCUACCGAUGAGCACAUCGGGUAAAGCUGACCGGCGGCGGUUACGUGAGAUCGGGACCAGCUUCUCGGCACAGCAGCUGGCAGACUUACAUAGAGGCACUAGCCAAGGAAGGCGACCAGUAACCACAGAUGCCGAGCGGCAGAUGCAGCGGAUCUGGGCGAGCGUCCUCGGCAUUCCAACGAGCGCUAUUAGUGCUGAUGAUAGCUUCUUUCAGCUUCGCGGAGACUCGUACACAGCUAUGAAGUUGGUCGCUCUUGCUCGCCACGAAGGCCUUUCUCUGUCUGUUGCCGAUGUCUUCCGCCAACCCCAUCUGGCGGCUCUCGUGGAUGUUGUGUGUAGAGAGAAUGCGAUUCCACCAGAAGAGGCCAUCGGUGCAUUCUCCCUGUUGAAGGUAACAGAAAGGAAGGACGAAGUUCGUGCUUGUAUUGCUCGCCUCUGCAACAUUGCCCCCGAGCUGGUUGAGGAUGCGUAUCCUUGCACUCCUCUACAGGAGGGGCUUCUCUCCUUGACACUGAAGACGCCCGUGACAUAUGUCGGCAGGAUCCUGUUCGACUUGCCCCAGCACAUCAACUUAUUCAAAUUCCGCCGCGCCUGGCAGCAGGCGGCAAAGAAACUACCUAUACUGCGAACAAGGGUCGUAUAUGACUCCCAACUGGGUCUGGUACAGAUCGUCAUCCAGGAGGAUAUCCAGUGGCAGAGCGGAAUCGGCCUCGACCAAUACAUAGAUCAAGAUCAGUCGAAGCAUAUGGGACUCGGCCUCCCGUUGGCUCGGUAUGCCAUUAUCACCGAACAUGACAACAAAGAUGGACCCGGAGGUAUCCGGUUUGUCUGGACCUUGCAUCAUUCCCUGUACGACGGACACUCGCUGAGCCGGAUGAUCGAGCUCGUAGCAAGCAUAUACAAUGGUAUACCGCCAGACAGGCCAUUCAAGGACUUUAAAUUAUUUUCUAGAUACCUCUCUCGUGUAGAUACCGAGGCUGUCGGGAGAUACUGGCAGUCGGCGUUCAAGGGCUACAGCUCAGUACCAGUCCUUGCGAGUUGCCUAUCAGAUAAUCCGCGAGUGAAUACUAUGGUGCACCAUGAGUUCACUGUUCCACCAAUCACCGAGUCUAAUAUAACCACGGCUACACUCAUACGAGCGGCCUGGGCAUUGGCGGUUGCUGGCUGGCGCGGCUCAAUGGAUGUUGUAUUCGGGGCCACAGUAUCCGGUCGCAAUGCAGCCCUGGUAGGGGUUGACGAGAUUAUAGGACCAACCAUUGCUACGGUGCCUGUCCGAGUUCAAGUGGGCGAUACGCAGACAGUAUCCGACUAUCUACGACAGAUACAAACCCAAGCCAUCGACAUGAUCCCUUAUGAACACACGGGGUUACAUCAAAUCCAGCAGAUGAGUGAGGAGGCCCAUUUGGCAUGUCAAUUCGAAACGCUUCUUGUAGUUCAGCCGCCGGAAGAGGCAGGAACAAGUCUGUCGACAACGUUUGGGCGAUGGAAGGAGGACAAUGCUGGUGGAGCGGCCUUCGCCACAUACGCCUUCAACUUGACCUGCCAGCUUGACGGAGACGCCGUCAACUUGGAAGCUGUGUUCGACGCGUCUCAGCUAAGCGAGCAGGUUGCUACCGGACUACUGGAGCGGCUAGGUCGUAUAUCGAGCCAGUUGGCACUCGCUACAGGCGGCAAGCUAGUUACAGAUAUUGAUAUCCUCUCAACGGCCAACAGUGAGCGCAUAUGGACCUGGAAUGGCCAGAUUCCAACAACUAUCGAUAAGUGUAUACACACUAUCGUAGAGGAACAGGCGGCUUUGCAGUCCGCGAAGCAAGCUGUAUGUGCUUGGGACGGGUAUUUCACUUAUUCUGAGUUGGAUACUCUCGCGACCCAGCUCGCAUAUCAUCUAGUCAGCGAGGGCGUUGGUCCUGGAGUGAUAGUACCCUUAUGCUUUGAGAAAUCUAGAUGGGCUGUAGUGGCUGUUCUUGCAGUGCUCAAAACCGGAGGGGCCUUUGUUCCGCUUGACCCAUCGCAGGCCGUGGAUCGCCAGAGGAGAGUCCUGUCACAGAUAGGAUUAUGUGGUCUUGUGGCAGUAACGUCUUUACAGUAUUCCGGGUUACUCGCCCAACAUGGAUGUACCACUAUAUCAAUUGGACCAGAUACAAUAUCACAACUAUCGGCAUCAACAAAAUCAACAGUCUCUUUGCAAGACGUCGAUCCAUCUUCGCCGGCGCUGGUUCUGUUCACUUCAGGCAGUACUGGCGAGCCAAAAGGUGUAGUCUUGGAUCACUCUGCUGUCAGCUCGAGCUGUAUCUACAACGGGGCCUGGCUCCAGGUUAAUACAGAAUCACGUAUAUUACAGUUCUCAGCAUUUACAUUUGAUAUCAGCGUUUUAGAUAUAUUCAUUAGCCUCUUCUAUGGCGGAUGCAUAUGCAUUCCAUCAGAGGCUGAAAGGCUGAACCAGCUAGAAACAAGCAUCAAUAGCCUAGAGGCUAACCUCGCAAUCUUGACGCCUACUGUUAGCAGAUUACUUGAUCCAAAGCAAGUGCAGCUACGUACCCUCGUCUUGGUUGGCGAGAAGGGCAAAGAUGAAGAUUUUGCUCGGUGGGGGACAACUACAAGAGCCAUCAACGGAUACGGGCCCACGGAGUGUUCACUGUGCUCGGCGAAUCUCUUCAACGGGGCCAAUGGUAACUGUAUUGGCAAGCCAAUAGGUUCAGUAUUCUGGGUGGUCAUGCCCGGUAAUUGCAACCAGCUGGUGCCACUCGGAUCAGUUGGUGAACUUCUAGUUGAGGGCCCUAUGCUUAGCCGUGGUUAUCUAGGAGACCCGGGUAAAACAGCAGCAGCCUUUAUCGAGGACCCUUCAUGGCUUCUCCGAGGCGGCCCUGGGAACAAGGGUCAGCGGGGACGACGAGGUCGGCUCUAUAAGACAGGUGACCUGGUGCGGUAUAAUAAUGAUGGUAAUCUAUUGUUUGUAGGCCGGAAGGAUACCCAGGUUAAAAUCCACGGUCAACGGGUCGAACUUGGAGAGAUUGAGAACCAUCUCUUGACCUGUAUUGCAGAGGUGUAUCAGGUGGUGGCUGAGGUGAUCAUACCGGCAGGUGAGGACUCGAGCCCAAUGCUUGCUGCCUUCCUGGUAAUGCAGGACGGUGCUCAGAGGCAAGUUUCAGAACACGAAUGCCGGGUAUUCGCAACAACCCCGGCGGACGAGGAAAAGUUGCUAGAGCGGCUUCCGGCGUAUAUGAUACCGGCGGUCUACUUUGUCCUCGAUCAACUUCCGAUGAGCAGUUCCGGCAAGACGGCUCGACGCCGGUUGCGCGAGAUCGGCGCCAGCUUCUCAGUACAGCAGCUAGCCAACUUCCGCAGAGACCAAAAGAAGCGAGCAGUAUCGACUGAUGCUGAGCGACAGAUGCAGCAGAUAUGGUCCCAGGUGCUUGGCAUUGGAGUGGAGGAUAUCAGUGUGGAUGAUAGCUUUUUUCGACUUGGAGGUGACUCAGUCGCAGCCAUCAAGGUGGUUACGCAAGCCCGGUCUAAAGGGUUGUCCCUCUCGGUCGCAGACAUAUUCCGUACUCCUCGCCUCGCUGCCCUAUGUGCCGUAGGUAGUGGCACACUGCAGACCUUACAGCAGACGUUUAGCCCCUUUUCAUUGCUUGAAGGUUUCACGGAUGCAUGCCGUGGGCGUCUUGCUCGCCUGUGUGAAGUUGAGCCCGAGUCUAUCCAAGAUGCGUAUCCCUGCACACCUCUCCAAGAGGGGCUCUUCGCCUUGACGUUGAAGUCGUCUGGUGACUACAUCAUGCGAAGUAUACAGCAACUGGCACCAGGGGUUGACAACGCCCGAUUCCAGAGUGCCUGGUGCGAGGUGAGCCGUCGUCUACCUAUUCUCCGCACACGGAUCGCUCCGGAUAGCAAAUACGGCAUUCUACAGAUCGUUUCAGCACACAAGGUAGCGUGGUCUGAGGGGGCUGACUUGCGGCAAUAUGUGAGCCAGGACAUCUCGACGCCAAUGGAUUCCGGUCAGCCCCUCGUUCGCUUUGCCCUGAUCACUGAUGCACAGAGUCAAGUCACCUCGUUUGUAUUGACCCUGCACCAUGCGGUGUAUGACGGCCUUGUCCUGGCACAGAUGCGGGACCUGGCUAGAAGCAUCUACUGCGACUUACCUGCAUCGACCUUGUAUGACUUUAGGUCCUUUGUGGCGUACGUAACUGGUAUUGAUCCUGACAUGUCCCACGCAUAUUGGAGAGAUGCAUUGGCCGACUAUGAUGGCCAGCCAUUCCCGCCACCAUCCCACGUAUUGGAGCCGACAGGAGCACAUGGUGCCGUGGAGAGCAAGUGUGUGCUGCCCGACAGGAUGGAAUCAGACAUUACGAUAGCCACCCUGAUAAGAGCAGCUUGGGCCGUUGCAGCUUGCGUGGUCGGCGGCAGUAAAGAUGUGCUCUUUGGCACCACUCUUUCAGGCCGCAACGCCCCUAUUACCGGGAUCGAGGCGAUAGCCGGUCCUACUAUUGCCACUGUGCCGGUGCGCAUCCAGGUCCGGGCAGAGCAAACUGUCUCGGCAUAUCUCAGACAAGUGCAAGACCAAUUCCUCGACAUGAUCCCACAUGAGCAGACAGGGUUACAGUACAUUCAGGGGUUAAGCCCAGAAGCGCGCCAGGCGUGCCAGUUCCAGACUCUCCUAGUUAUUCAACAACCAGGGGAGUCCCGCCAGACAGUCCCAGAUGAACUAGGGGCCUGGCGUGAGUACGUGGAGAAGGAGGUAUUCUCUAGUUACCAACUCAAUAUCACGUGUUUCCAAGAGGACGGACAGGUUAUGUUGGAGGCAACAUUCGAUAAAGACCACUUAAGUGAGUGGAUGGUUUCAUCCUUGCUAGAACGGCUGGGUAGUAUUAUUCAGCAACUAGCAUUAGCCAACGACGCCCAACAAGUGGGUGGACUUGAUACGCUCUCAACGGCGGAGUAUGAACAAAUCUGGAGAUGGAACGGAAAUUUGCCUGAGACUGUCGAUAAGUGUGUGCACAAUUUGAUAGAGGAGCAGGUCUCACUGCAGCCUGACGCGGUAGCUGUAUACGCAUGGGACGGAGAACUUACAUACAAGGACUUGGAUGACUAUGCUACCUACCUAUCGCACCACCUAGCCAGCUCAGGCAUUACUACGGGAACUAUAGUGCCUUUGUGCUUCGAAAAGUCACGGUUCACUGCUGUGGCGAUGCUGGCAGUACUCAAGGCGGGCUGUGCCUUUGUCCUCCUGGACCCAUCACAACCGGUGCAUCGUUGGCGCUCCAUCACUCAAAAGACCAAUGCAGCACUUAUCGUCUGCUCUGAAAAUCAGGCCAGUAGAUGCUCUGAGCUUGCGCCGACGAUUCUGGUUAUUGGGGCUCGAUACUUCUCUACAGCCUCGAAGACCUUGGCCGGUACUCUAUCAAGAGACCCGCAGUCAACCAUGUAUGUCGUCUUCACUUCCGGCAGUACUGGAGAGCCCAAAGGCGUUGUCAUCCAACAUGCGGCGUUUGCGUCAGCUAUUUUCCAUCAGUCGUUGGCUAUGGGAUAUAGACAGUCGGUGCGGGUGUACGACUUUGCUUCUUACGCCUUUGACCUGUCUAUUGAGUCGGCAAUGAUGACCCUAGCAACCGGCGGAUGUCUAUGUGUGCCAUCCGACGAUGAAAGAAGGGAUGAUCUAACAGGGUCACUACUGUCCAUGUCAGCCGAGUUGGUCGAGCUUACUCCUACCGUUGCACGGACAUUAGAGCGGAGUCUAUUAACGGGACUCCAGACUCUUGUUCUCGGAGGUGAACAAGUCCUGCCAACUGAUUUCGAAGGCUGGUCGCCCUGCAUACGCGUCAUAAACACAUAUGGACCUGCCGAAUGCACACCUACGAGCGUUAUCAAUCGUGCCGAGGGUACAGGUAUUGGCACGGGCGCGGGUGCCGUGACAUGGGUGGUACAGGAUGGUGAUAGCAAUCGGCUGAUGCCCAUCGGUGCUGUGGGUGAGCUUCUACUAGAGGGCCCUAUACUAGGCCGUGGAUAUCUGGGAGACCCGGAGAAGACAGAGAGAGCCUUCAUAGAGGACCCCCCAUGGCUCCGUCGUGGUGGUGCUGGGCAUAUGGGCCGGAGGGGACGGCUAUACAAGACUGGCGAUAUGGUUCGGUAUAAUGAGGACGGCAGCCUACUAUUCGUAGGACGGAAGGAUUCGCAGGUCAAGAUCCGCGGACAGCGGGUUGAGCUCGGCGAGGCUGAAUAUCAUAUUUGCGCCUUGAUGGGAAUACAGCAGGUGGUAGUCGAGAUAAUCACACCACAGGGCAAGGGCGCGAGCUCGAUGCUCGCAGCCUUUAUGGCCAUGCCAGAUGACACGCAGGCAGAAGUCCGUGUGAUCGCAGUGUCGACAGCGGUCGAGGACGCACUAUUGCAGAGGCUACCGGCCUAUAUGCAGCCGUCGGUCUACUUUGUUUUACAGAGCCUCCCGAUGAAUACAUCAGGCAAGGCUGAUCGGCAACGGCUGCGUGAUAUCGGUGCUGGCUUCUCGACGCAGGAGCUAGCACACUUGCGGAGAGGCUCUGAGUAUAGGAAACAAGAAGUGUCAAAUGACGCUGAGCGUCAGAUGCAGGACAUCUGGGCCCGGGUCCUUGAUCUUGAUGCAGAUACUAUUAGUGCCAACGAUAGUUUCUUCCGGUUGGGAGGUGACUCAGUUACAGCUAUGAAGUUGGUUGCUCAAGCCCGUUACGAAGGACUUUCUCUUUCUGUCGCGGAUAUCUUUCAUAAUCCACGACUAUCCGAGCUGUCUCAGGUAGCUACAUCUCGUGAGAUUGGUAACACGGAACAAGACGCGCUGGAUCCCUUCUGCCUUCUGGGACACAUUGUCGAUACUUCGGGUUUCCUUAAGCGCACAGGAGCCGCCUGUGAACUUGAUCCCGAGUUGAUUGAAGAUGCGUAUCCUUGCACGCCACUCCAAGAAGGCCUGUUAGCAUUAACGUCUAAGACAAGGGGAUCCUAUACCGCCAGGCUCGUGCUUGAACUAUCAGCACACGCAGACGUGCAACGCUUCCGUCACGCCUGCGAGCAGAUGGCACGACAACUGCCGAUAUUACGGACGCGUAUCAUCCCUGAUUCAGAAUUCGGAUUGAUUCAAGUAGUCACGAAUGAGCAGAUCCACUGGCGUCGCAGUCACAGUCUAGAUGAGUAUCUUGUCAAAGAUUCCGCAGAGUCCAUGGUUCUUGGGAAACCACUAGCUCGUUAUGCCGUGGUCGAAGAGGAGUCAGCGGAUGUGUUAAGGAAGUCCUACUUCAUCUGGACACUACAUCACGCAUUGUAUGAUGGUCAGACUUUGAACCGGAUGAUGAAGCUCAUGGAAUGUAUCUAUCGCGGUGUGCCGCAGAUAGAUCAUUGGAGGAAUUUCAGAUACUUUGUCCAAUAUCUGAGGCGUACAAAAACCCCAGAUGUCAGUGAAUUCUGGCAAGUUGCGCUUGAGGGCUAUGAACCUGUUCGCUUCCUGGCGUCAUCAGCUACUGAAACCAUUGCUGACUCCAUAUUCCAACAUUCGUUUCAAGUGCCGUCGAUCACUCAAGCCGACAUCACUAUAGCUACCUUGAUCAACGCCGCCUGGGCACUAACAAUCGCCGCAUACAGUGGCUCAUCCGAUGUUGUGUUUGGGACUACAGUGUCUGGGCGAAGCGCAGAUGUCCUCGGCAUCGAUGAAAUUGCCGGGCCAACGAUCGCUACUGUCCCAGUUCGCAUCAAGCUGCUAUCCACGCAAGAGGUUUCAGAAUUCUUACGCGAGGUACAGAACCAAUCUAUCGACAUGAUUCCUCACCAACAGGCAGGGCUUCAUUUCAUUCAGAAACUGUCCCCGAAUGCCUAUGAAGCCUGCCAGUUUGAAACACUGCUCAUCAUAGAGCCACUGGCCAAGGGUAGAAUCCCAGAAGCGGCAACAGAGGGAUCAGACAUCGGUACUUGGAGAGACGUAGACGAAGGGGCCGAGCAAGCGUUCGCAACAUACACUUUUAACUUGACCUGUCUUCUAGAUGGGAAUCAACUAGGGCUGGAAGCUGUCUUUGACUCUGGCAAGAUAGGUGGGCAGCUCGCAGAAGCAUUGGUACACCAUUUCUGCGGAGUAAUGAGCCAGCUUGCACUCGUUGGCGACAACCGGACAGUGGCCGAGUUAGAAAUGUUGUCUGACACAGAUUCUCGACGCUUGUGGAAUUGGAACGGGUUGGUUCCAGUAGCACUGGAGAGAUGCGUGCAUAGCCUUUUCGAGGAACAGGCAGCAAUGCAUUCUGAUAAGACAGCCAUACAGGCAUGGGAUGGCGAAUUGACCUAUCAGCAACUUGAUGAUCUCUCAACUCAGUUGUCGAACCAUCUAACUAGUCUGGGUGUCAAUCAAAAGGUGAUAGUGCCGCUAUGCUUUGAGAAGUCCCGGUGGACGGUGGUGGCAAUGCUCGGAGUCCUAAAGGCCGGCGGCGCCUUUGUUUUACUUGACCCAUUGCAGCCUAUAUCUCGGCUCAAGGCGAUAAUCCAGAGAACCUAUACCAAGCUGAUGCUCUGUUCCGACGCCGAGGCAGUAAGGUAUCGUCGUCUUGUACCGCUCGCAUUUGCUAUUGGAGAAGACUUUUUCUCGACCUUGGCCCGGCAAACCCCGGCAGCUCGAUACGCGGCUGACCCAUCAUCGCCAAUGUAUAUUGUGUUUACAUCUGGAAGCACAGGAGAGCCGAAAGGUGUGGUUAUUCCGCACAUAGCCUUCGCAUCACAUGUCCUCCAUCAGGCAACAUACCUUGGGUAUAGGCCUUCUAUACGGGUGUUUGAUUUUGCAUCCUAUACCUUUGAUGUCUCCAUCGAUAAUGUGUUUAUGACAUUACUAUCAGGUGGAUGUAUUUGCAUACCAUCAGAAUACGACCGCCGAAACAACCUUACAGAGGUUUUGACGUCUAUGUCUAUUGAUCUAGUUGAGUUGACGCCUUCUGUCGCUGCUACUGUGGACCAAUCAACAAUGCAUCUUGAGACCUUGAUUUUUGGAGGAGAGGCCUUACGUCAAGCUGAUGUAGAUCCUUGGCCGGAGGAGACUCGUGUUAUAAACACAUAUGGGCCUUCUGAGUGUACUCCCACAAGCGUCAUCAACUUCAAACACCGCAACCGUGCUGAGGCUACGAGCAUCGGUACUGGCGCGGGUGCCGUAACGUGGGUAGCCAAUAUGAGUGAUAGUUCUCGGCUAAUGCCUAUCGGAGCUGUUGGAGAGCUUCUUCUUGAGGGCCCUGUAGUAGGAAGCGGGUAUCUAGAUGAUCCGGAGAAGUCCGAGGCAGCUUUUAUCAAGGAUCCGCCGUGGCUCGUCCAAGGCGGCCCAGAUGGUCAUAAAGGCCGCCGAGGCCGGCUCUACAAGACAGGAGAUUUGGUGCGCUAUAAAAACGACGGCAGCCUUAUAUUUGUAGGGCGAAAGGACACACAGAUCAAAAUACGCGGGCAGCGAGUGGAGCUUGGCGAGGUUGAACACCACGUCUAUACUUGCAUGACCGGAGCGCAGCAGGUGACGGCCGAAGUGAUUAUACCUCGCGGAGGAGGGACCACAAGCCCAAUGCUUGCGGCCUUUAUAGUGAUGGAUGGCCAGGCUGCGCCGGGCGAUAGAGACUCGGAAAUGCGCGUGAUCACAGUGCCGGCGGCGGUCGAGGAGGCACUGAUGCGACAACUGCCGGCCUACAUGCAGCCAUCGGUUUUUUUUGCCAUGCAGAGCCUCCCGACAACUACAUCAGGCAAGGUUGAUCGGCGACGCCUGCGUGAGCUCGGAUCUAGCCUUUCACUCCAGGAGCUGGUGGAGAUGCGGAGAGACCAAGAGAAGCGAGCUAUAUCUACUGAUACUGAGCGACAGAUGCAGAAGAUCUGGGCACGCGUACUUGGGAUUGAUAAUACUAAUAGUAUUUGUGCUACUGAUAACUUCUUCCGGCUUGGCGGUGAUUCAGUCACAGCUAUGAAGCUAGUGGCUCAAGCCCGCCGUGACGGGCUCGUCUUUUCAGUAGCUGACAUCUUCCGCAAGCCCUGGCUAUCUGCACUAUCCAGCUUGAUAGGUCAUCGAGAAAUGGAAUCAGAGGACCGCAUUCCUCCCUUCUCAUUGCUCAAUAUUGUAGCAGAAGGAGAGAUUUCAGAACAUCGCAAGGGUGUAGCCAAGGCCUGUAAUCUCAUGCCGCAGUUUGUUGAAGACAUAUAUCCUUGUACGGCUCUUCAAGAGGGUCUCCUAGCCCUUGCAUCAAAGACUCAUGGAGCCUAUACGGAGCGUCUUGUGCUGGAACUACUGGAGUCUGUUCAUCUUGCCCGGUUCCGCAACACUUGGGAGGAGUUGGUUAGGAGGCUACCUAUCUUACGAACGCGAAUAGUUCAUAGCACACGCUUUGGCCUUGUUCAGGUGGUAGUGGAUGAGGCUAUUCCAUGGAAACGUAGUGCUAGCCUUACGGAAUACAUUCAAAGGGAUAAAAUGGAGGGUAUGGGUCUCAAUGAGCCGCUCGCCCGCUAUGCUAUAGUCGGGAGAAACCCUUCCUACUUUGUCUGGACUUUGCACCAUGCGUUAUACGAUGGCUUUUCCCUCGGUCAGAUGAUCAAGCUCGCUGGACAAAUCUAUGAGAGCAUCCCAGAGCAAGAGACUUGUGAGGAUUUCAAGUACUUCGCCAGAUAUAUCGCAGAGGCAAAAAGUCAGGCCAGCCGAGACUAUUGGCAAGAGUCCUUUACUGGCUACAGUUCAGCGCCAUUUCCAGCUCCUUUACCAUCACAACGAGAAGUAUCAGCAGAUGCUUCCUUGCGCCUUGAGAUGCCUGUGCCAAUAACAGUGUUUAGAUCAAACACAACUAUGGCGACCUUGAUCCGAUCAGCCUGGGCGAUAACUAUUGCCGCCUCCCAUGGCUCAGCCGAUGUCAUAUUUGGGGCUGUAGUAUCCGGGCGGAACGCAGACGUGGAAGGAAUCAACGAGAUUACAGGGCCAACUAUUGCCACUGUACCUGUACGAAUACAGCUGGAGGCUCCCGCUACACAGACAGUGUCCGCCUUCCUGCGGCAGGUCCAGGCUCAAUCCGUGGAUAUGAUUCCGUAUGAGCAGGCGGGACUCGAUUGGAUCCAGCAGAUAAGUGACGAAGCCUACCAGGCCUGCCAGUUCCAAACUCUGCUAGUUGUUCAACCUCGUGAGGAGAGUGAAUCUGAGGCGCUCUCUGGAACCGAAUGUUUUGGAAAAUGGGUCGAUGCGGACGGGGAGGAAAAGGCGUUUUCAACAUAUAUGUUCAACCUGACCUGCUUUUUGAGCGACGACACUGUAGAGUUUGAGGCAACCUAUGACGCUAGGCUGGUAAGUGAACCACUGGCCACAGCUUUAUUGGAGCGUCUACGGUGUGUUAUACAGCAAUUAUCUCUAGCAGACGAUAGCCAGACGGUGGCUGAGAUUAAUGCUCUUUCAGUUCAUGAUCUGGAACAAAUCUGGUCAUGGAACAAGAUAGUGCCAGAAACAGUCAACAAGCUCGUGCAUUGCCUGGUUGAGGAGCAGGUUGUUCUGCAGCCACAUGCAAUGGCUGUUGAUGCCUGGGAUGGGCAGUUCACAUAUGCCGAGCUGGACACGAAAGCGAUAAAGCUAGCAAAGCACCUGGUCAGUUUCGGCAUCGGCGGCCCCAUAAAGAUAGUUCCGCUUUGUUUUGAGAAAUCACGUUGGGCUGUGGUAGCCAUGAUAGCGACACUCAAGGCUGGCGCCGCAUUCCUCCAUCUCGACCCGUCACAGCCGAAAGCUCGCCUGGAACGUAUUAUAAAACGGACAGGGGCCGAAGUUAUUCUUUCCUCCAAAGAUCAAGCAAAGACCUGUUUCGGACUUACUCCCAAUGUCCUUACUGUCGGCUCUGAAUCUCUCUCGAGGCAACUCGCCAACACUACAAAUGGCCAUACAACAACCAGCCCUGAUACAGCGAUGUAUGUUAUCUUUACAUCCGGAAGCACAGGAGAGCCAAAAGGUGUCGUCAUCUCACAUGCGGCUUUUGCAUCGCAUGUUUUCCAUCAAGCCAAGCACCUUGGCUAUAGGAACGGCCUGCGUGUCUUUGACUUUGCCUCCUAUAUGUUUGAUGUAUCCGUCGAUAAUGUAUUCAUGACAUUAAUUUCGGGCGGAUGCAUUUGUAUUCCAUCAGACUAUAAGCGUUUGAACCGCCUCACAGAGACUUUAGAGUCUAUGUCUGCUGAGCUCGUUCACUUAACGCCGUCCGUAGCUGCCACUCUAGAUCAAGAAAUGGUGGCGGCCAAUCUCCAGACAUUGCUUCUUGGGGGAGAAGCCGUACACCAGGCUGACAUAGACGCAUGGCCAACAAGUGUGCGUGUGGUCAACACGUAUGGGCCUGCCGAGUGUACCCCCACGAGCGUCAUGGACCUCACCGAACGCAUGGACAGCCGUGUCGAGUCCACCAGCGAGGCCACCAGCAUUGGCCACGGCGUGGGCGCCGUGACGUGGGUGGUGGACGCAAGUGAUAGUAGCCGAUUAGCACCUGUGGGAGCUAUCGGUGAGCUUCUCCUCGAGGGUCCUAUUGUAGGCAGCGGGUAUCUCGUGGAUUCGGAGAGGACAGAAGCAUCCUUUAUCGAGAACCCGCCGUGGCUCCUUCAAGGCGGUCUGGGGAGCAAAGAUGGUCUUGGCCGCAAAGGCCGGCUUUACAAAACGGGCGACCUAGUGCGGUAUAAUGAGGAUGGCAGCCUAUUGCUCAUAUCCCGGAAGGACACACAGGUUAAAGUGCGCGGGCAGAGGGUAGAACUCGGAGAGGUCGAGGUCUAUCUCCGCAUCUGUGUCACGGGGGUACAACAGGUUGCGGCUGAGAUGAUUGUGCCAGGAGGAGACUCAGGGGAGGCUGAAAGUCCGAUGCUCGCCGCCUUUCUAGUCAUGCGGGGCAACCCGAGCCAAGUUCCAGAGAACGAAUGCCGGAUAAUCGCAAUUGCACCGGCAGAUCAAGAGCAGUUGUCGCAACAACUACCGAGCCAUAUGUUGCCGGCGGUUUACUUUGAACUCGAUCGGCUUCCACUAAACAGCUCAGGCAAGAUUGACCGCAGGCGGCUUCGUGAUAUUGGGGGCAGCUUCUCGGCGCAGCAGUUGGCAGAAUUGCAGAGGGAUCCUGAUCAGCAGAAGCAAGCGCCAGCUACCGAAGCUGAGCGACGGAUGCAGCAAAUAUGGGCACGGAUUCUCGGCAUCAAUGCAGACAGUAUUAGUGCUAACGACAGUUUUUUCUGGCUAGGCGGUGACUCGAUUGCAGCUAUGAAGCUGGUCGCUCAAGCCCGCCGUGAUGAACUUUCGUUCUCCUUUUCGGUGGCUGAUGUCUUCCGUAACCCUCGACUAUCAGCACUCUCCGGCUCAGCACAUCAUGAGGUCAAACGUGCACAGUCUGAUAUUAGUCCAUUCUCUCUGUUGAAUGGUAUAGCAGACAUUCCGGAGUACUGCAAGAAUGUAGCCAAAGCAUGCAAUUUUGGACCUGAGGCUAUUGAGGACAUAUAUCCUUGUACACCUCUCCAAGAAGGGCUUCUAUUUCUUACGUCUAGAACCGCUGGAGCCUAUACAGAGCGUCUUAUCCUCAACCUGCCGCCUAAUACUGAUUUGCCAAGAUUCCGUUACGCUUGGGAAGAAGUCACUCGGAGGCUGCCCAUAUUACGGACACGAAUAGUGCACACACGCUUAGGCUUAGUCCAGGUGGUGGUAAAAGAGAAAGUCCAAUGGGGAGAGUCUGCCGACCUAGAUGAAUAUCUGGAAAGAGACAAGCUAGACAGCAUGAGCCUCAACCGCCCACUUGUACGCUAUGCGACUGCGGCAAGGCCACCCAGCUUCGUCUGGACUUUACAUCACGCAGUAUACGAUGGCCAUUCCAUGGGCCAGAUAAUCAAGCUAGCCGGGGACAUCUAUAGGGACACAUCUCUCCAUCAGCUGCAGGAGAACUACAAAGAUUUCAAAUUUUUCGCCGGAUAUCUCGCAAGGCUAGAUAACGAAGCUGGCCGAGAAUACUGGCGAAAAGCCUUUGCUGGAUAUGAUUCGGCACCAUUCCCGGCCUCUUUGGUGUCACUACAAGAAAAGUCGCAAGAGAUUUCAGUAGAUGGCUUCUUACGGCAUAGCAUCUCGAUACCAACAGCCCCGGAGCUAGGUAUCACGACACCCAACCUGAUUCGCGCAGCCUGGGCAUUGACUAUUGCUGCGUCUAGUGGGCCUGACGUGGUGUUUGGUGCUGUAGUGUCCGGACGUAAUGCAGACUUGGAAGGGAUCGAUGAGAUCCUAGGCCCGGUUAUUGCUACCGUACCGGUACGGAUACAGGUCCUUCCCUCACAGGAGGUGGGUGCCUUUCUGCAGCAGGUGCAAGCUCAAUCCAUUGACAUGAUUUCGUACGAGCAAUUUGGGCUGCAUCGGAUACAGCAGGUUAGCGAGGAAGCCCACAAGGCCUGCCAGUUCCAGUCUCUGCUGGUCAUUCAGCCUCCUGAGGAGGCAGAGGCUGAAGUAUUAGCAUCAUCGGGACAAGAGUGCUUUGUUGGUGAAUGGCGAGAGGAUGGGGAGGAAAAGGCAUUUUCAACGUAUGCCUUUAACCUAACUUGCCUGCUAAGCCAGGAAACGUACCCAUCAAGCCGGGAAACCAUAGAACUUGAGGCAGCGUUUGACACUACCCAAGUUAGCAAGCCCCUGGCUGCGGGCUUACUGGAACGGCUGGACGGUGUUAUACAGCAAUUAUCAUCAACUAUAGACGACGGCCGAAUGGUGGCUGACAUUGAGAUUCUAUCUCGUUAUGACCGUCAACGUAUUUGGUCUUGGAAUCAUACCGUACCAGAUGCAGUCAGCAAAUGCGUACACCAUCUAAUCGAAGAGCAGUCAAUGGUACAGCCACACGCAACUGCUGUCUGCGCCUGGGAUGGAGAGUUCACAUAUGCGGAAUUGGAUGUCCUGGCAACACACCUAUCCCGCUAUCUCCAACAUCUAGGCAUAGGUCUUGAGUCAAGGGUCCCCCUUUGCUGUGAAAAAUCAAAAUGGACGGUAGUAGCGAUAUUAGCAGUCCUUAAAGCCGGCGGUGCUUUCAUCCUCUUGGAUGUGUCACAGCCGGUGCACCGUUGGCGUCACAUAAUCCAGAAGACAGGAGCGACACUCAUCCUUUGCUCCGAGAGCCAAGUCAGUAAGUACGUCGACCUCGUUCCUGGUACGGAGGUUCUGGCUGUCGGGGCUCAAUGCCUUUCUCCACUCCAGGAAGAGGCCACGGCAACCGUCGCCUUGCCUCGUAGAGAGGCACAAUCCGCACAGUCAACCAUGUACAUUGUCUUUACGUCUGGCAGCACGGGGGAGCCCAAAGGUGUCGUCAUCUCGCACACGGCGUUUGCAUCGGCCAUUUUUCACCAAUCCUCAGCCAUGGGCUAUGGAAGGUCAGUUCGGACCUAUGAUUUUGCUUCCUAUGCCUUUGACCUAUCUAUCGAAGUCGCGAUGAUGACGCUGGCCACUGGCGGCUGCUUGUGCGUACCAUCUGACAAUGAUAGGAGGGACGAUCUGACGGGGUCGUUGCUCUCAAUGUCGGUCGACUUAGUUGAGCUCACACCCUCUGUUGCACGUUCGCUCGAUCGGAGCCGGCUAAGGGACCAUCACGGCUUGAAGACUAUUGUGUUGGGAGGAGAAGCAGUCCUUCCGAGUGACUUGGAAGGCUGGCCCCCUGGGGUACGCGUUAUAAACACGUAUGGACCUGCUGAGUGUACUCCCACGAGCGUCAUUAACCUCAACUGUGCCAUGCCCACGAGUAUUGGCAACGGCACAGGCUGCGUAACAUGGGUUGUGGAUGCGGAUAAUUGCAGCAAACUGGUGCCUGUUGGAACUGUUGGUGAGCUUGUUUUGGAGGGCCCUAUAGUUGGCUCUGGGUAUCUACACGAUUCAGAAAGAACGGAAGCAGCCUUUAUCAACAACCCACCAUGGCUCGUGGAGGGAGGUCCCUCGUCUGAGGGUAGGCAUGGUCGGCUCUACAAGACGAGUGAUCUGGUUCGUUAUCAAGAUGAUGGUAGUCUGGUGUUUGUGGGACGAAAAGAUGCACAAGUCAAGAUCCGCGGGCAGCGAGUCGAGCUUGGUGAGGUUGAAUACCACAUCCUCGCGCAUAUAACCGGCGUACAACAGGUGGCAGCCGAGGUCAUCGUGCCAGGGGGGACGGGUGCGAGCCCCAUGCUCGUAGGGUUUGUUGUCAUGGGUCGCGGCAACCAACAGCAGCCUUUGGAGUCUAAUAGUCAAUGUCAGGUGGCCACCAUAGCACCAGCGGACGAGGAAGAGUUGUCCGAGAGGCUCCCGUCUUAUAUGAUUCCGGCGAUUUACUUCAAGCUUAACCAACUCCCGACUAAUAGUUCAGGCAAAGUUGACAGACGACGUCUGCGCGAGCUCGGGGCUGGCUUCUCCGUGCAGGAAUUAGUUAACCUCCAGAACAGGUUCGGCCUAGAAGGAUCAAAUACCCCGUCCACGGAUGCGGAGCGGGCAUUGCAGGCGAUCUGGGCACGCGUCCUGAACAUUGACGCCGCCAGCAUUGGUGUUGACGAUAGCUUCUUUCGCUUGGGCGGCGAUUCAAUCACUGCAAUGCAGGUCUCUUCCGCUGCUCGCUCCUCCCUUGGGAACGUUUCUACUGUGCACGUUUUACGGCGGAAGACGAUACGACGUAUUGCAGCUUCAAUCAACUCGGCAGUCUCACUAGCUUCACGAUCUGUCAACGGGGAUGUCGUACAACCAGAUGUCUCGUUCGUUCUCAGUCCUAUCCAACAGCUGUAUAUGCACUUCCAGAAUGGUCCUCACCGCUGCUUUGAUCAGCAUUUCUUUCUUCGGUUGCGUUCUGUUGUUACACCUGAGUCGUUAUCAAAGGCCAUGCACACGAUCGUGUCCCGCCACCCAAUGCUCCGUGCGCGGUUUGACCAGAAAGAUGACGGACAAUGGGAGCAGCGAGUUGUCCCUGAUGACGAUUCCAACUCAUUGUUUUAUUUGGAUGUUGUCACGGACCCGGACCCAAGCUUUGCUGAAUUUGCAGCGGCAGGGCACGAUAUCCGCCGUUGUCGAGAAGCAUUGAACAUCGAAAGAGGCCCGAUUAUCUCUGCUGUCUUGUUUGGCAACCCCAGGUCGCAGUGUCUCUUUAUCACAGCCCACCAUCUGGUCAUUGAUCUCGUGUCGUGGAGGAUACUCCUUGAGGACCUCGAGGCGCUACUUGCCACGGACCAACAGGCAUCGGUAUCAUUGCCAAUGAGCUCGACAAGUUUCCAGGUAUGGUGUGCAAGGCAGGAAAAGUAUGCUGCAAACCUGGACCCCGAAGCGGAGAGCCCUUCCAGAUUGCAGCGGCCACGCCUUGAAUACUGGGACGUAGCGAAUGACGCGAAUAUAGAGGGAGCCACCACGACCAAAGACUUCUCUCUCGAUUCUACGACUAGUUCUGCCAUCCUCGGGUGGUGCAAUGACGUGUUUGACACCCGGCCUGUUGAGCUGAUGGUAGCAGCUCUCAUAUAUUCCUUUAGUUUAGUCUUCUCCGAUCGGCCUGCCCCGGCCGUGUUUAGCGAGGGACACGGCCGGGAAGCCUUUGAUGAUGGAAUCGACCUCUCACGCACUAUCGGAUGGUUCACGACCAUAUUCCCUAUCGAAACUACGGGCACGCCGGAUACCGACUUGCUCGACCUGAUCCGCCAAACCAAAGAUGCAGUGCGUCAGCUGCCAGCCAACGGGUGGUCCUGGUUUGCCUCGAGAUUCGCCAACCAAGCCCGCGCUCAAGCCCAUCUUUCUGACUUCCCCGUUGAGAUUCUAUUCAACUUUUCUGGGCACUAUCAGCAGUUAGAACGCGAAGAGUCAUUCUUUGAAAACCUUGAGCUCCCAGCACGCUGCGAGCCUGAGACCUUUGCUGGACUGCGGCGGUUCUCCAUUUUCGACGUUCUGAUGGAUGUGGACAGCGGAUGUCUUACAGCGUCUAUAGUCUACCCCAAGAAAUCGGCUCACCAACAUAGAAUAGCCGCUUGGGUUGAAUCUUACGAAUCUCAACUAACUCAACUAACCAUUAUACUCCGAGGCAUGAGGCCAGAAUGGACCUUGACGAGCUUUCCCCUAGCGUUUAAUUCAUACAAGAGCCUUGAUGAAUUCCGUACCUCUUUGCUGCCUCUUCUUCCUGUUUCGAGCCCAGAUGAAAUUGAAGAUAUUUUCCCCUGCACACCGAUACAGGUCCGUAUCCUAUCCGCUCAAGCAAAGGACUCAAGGAAGUAUAGAUGUGUCCACGCUUUCGAAAUUGUUGCAACACGACAAGACAGCCAAAUUGACCUCAACAGAAUCGAGCAGGCAUGGCGCAAGGUUGUGCGAAGGCACCCGCUCUUGCGGGCUCUACUAGUCGAUAACAUCCCUGGAAACAACGCGACAAUGCACAUCAUCUUACGAGAUCCGGAACCAAGCGUCUCCCAUUUCCGGGUCAACAACGGGGACGAGAGCCUACCAAGCAACUACCUACCAGCUACCCCUACAACUAUUCGCUACCAAAAGGGAGGCCUGCAGCAUCAUCUUUCAGUAUACCGCGUCAGUGACCAGCGAGCCCAUAUUCGCCUCGAGAUAAACCAUGCCAUCUUAGACGCAGACUCCUCCGAUAUCUUGAUGCGCGACUUCCAAUGGGCAUAUUCUGGUUCCUUGGAUCCCAUCGCCCCAUCAUAUUCUGAGUAUGUAAAACACGUACAGCUACAGCCGCGCGAGGAUGGUCUCAGAUUCUGGACGAAACGCCUCAUUGGGGUCAAGCCUUGUCUCUUUCCCACACAAGAAGAGCAAGAAGUGAUGCACCACUACAAGACCACUUUCACACUCGACGUGCUAGGCCUGGAGGUAGAUAAGAUCCGUCGCUUUUGCGCGCAAUCGGAAAUCACAGCAGCCGCUGUGUUCCAUCUUGCCUGGGCGCUUGUCCUGCACCACGAAACAGGAUCGGCUGCCCCAUGCUUCGGUACACUCUCAUCGGGUCGUGAUGUGCCAAUUGGCCAAGUACACGACAUAUUCGGCCCGCUCAUCUGCCUACUGCCCUGCGUCAUACAGCUCGACAGGCAGCAGUCUGUCCUGGAUGCUCUACAUGGCUUCCGCAGCGACUAUUUAUCUAGUCUGCCUCACCAGACGUCUUCACAGAUGGAAGUGAACGCAGCCUUGGACAUCGGCCCGGGAGGUCUCUACAACACUGCUAUAUCCUUUGUCAAAGGCGGCGAGGAUGUCACUGAGGCAGAUGUAAACACUAUUGUCCAGCCCUGUGAAGGAUUAGACCCUGUUGAGGUAUGUCAGUCGCUACCUAGCUAA